GCUGAGGCAGCCGCCCGAUGGAUGGUUUGACCCUCCCGGUGUGCCGUAGUGGCGGUUAGCGGCUGCAGGAGAAUCAGAGACCAAACGUCUUCAUCGGUUUUCAGGGAUCUUUUUACACUCCCGGCUGCUGCCAUGGAGGAGGUGACACGCCUGGUGUCGACGGGAGACUGUGUGAAGAUCUGGGAUGCGAUUUCCAUGGCGCCGCUGGAGCAGUUCAACCCCCACAGCAGCAGCCACCCUGUCGCUCAGGCCUGCUGGAGCUCCAACAACCAGUACCUGGUGAGUGCCAGCAGCAGCGGAGACAAGCUGGUGGUUUCCAGUCUCAAGUCGACUCCCGUUCCGGUGGUGGAGCUGGCUGACGGGAAAAAUCAGACCCGUGCGUGUCUGAGUUCUUCAUCCCAGUUUCUGGUCAGUGGUGGUCUGGACCACUGCGUCCACAUCUGGGACCUGAAGACCAAGAGGCUGCACCGCUCCCUCAAAGACCACAAAGAGGAAGUAACCUGCGUGUCCUUCAACGCCAACGACAGCUGCGUCGCCUCCGGCUCCACCAGCGGUGACCUGGUGCUCCACAGCAUGACCACCAACAUGUCCAGCAGAGCUUUAGGCCACGGCAGCAACCAGCCCAUCCACGACCUCAGGCUGUCCACGGUGAAGCGCUCCCUCCUGGGAACCGUCUCCGACAGCGGGACUGUGGUGCUGUGGGACUCCAACACCCAGAGGGAGCUGCACGCGUUCGACAGCGCCCACAAGGCGCCCGGCUCGGGGCUGGCGUUCUCCCCGACCAGCGACCUGCUCUUCGUCAGCGUGGGGCUCGACAAGAAGAUCACCUGCUACGACACGGCCAGCAAGAAAAUCCUCCAGGCGAUCCGUGUGGAGAGUCCCCUGACCUCGGUGGACUUCACGCCGGACGGCACCGGUCUGGUGGUCGGGUCCACUCAGGGGAAGAUCUACCAGUACGACCUGAGGAACUCGAGCGCGCCUACCAGGAUCACAGUGGCCCACAAAACCUCAGUCACCUGCCUGCGCUUCCAGAGCAACACCAGCAGACAUAAGUCCAGUAAAAUGGGCUCUGCCAAGAUUUCCAGUACAAAGAGAUCCAGCUCCAAACUGUCCAGCAGCCAUCCAGACCCCGCCCCCAGCACAGGCUCCGCCCCCAGCACAGGCUCCGCCCUCAACAGACAGGUCACCAGCACAGCAGGGGGCGCUGGUGUGGAGGGCUUGUGUCGUGAGGCUGAAGGCCACCAGGGGGCGGAGCGGCAUCCUUCGCUGGAGAAGUUCGGAAUCGUUGGAAGAAACAGCCUGGACAUCUUCUCGCCGGCUCGCGAAGGUCCAGACUCUGGGACCCGGGGGACGAGUGGAGACGCCUCCUAUGGAAGAUCACAUGUCACCGGUUUGGAGGCGUUGUCCAGAGAGGGGGACGUUCAGCAGCUGGUGGGACGUGCCAGUCUGGACAUCUUCUCUCCUGUCAAAGAAGACUCUGUCUCAGGUGGCGCAUCGCAGCGUAAGACGCCUCUGGGAACGCAGCUGGGGGCGUCUGCAGGGCGAGGCUACAGCUCGCUGUCCGUCUUCCAGUCCCCGCUGCCCAUCAACGAGGAGGAGCCAAUCACUGCCGCUGCUGCCGAGCCAUGUGACAGGAAGUCUGAUAAGGACAGCAGCGCCGGCCUGGAGGAGGAGCCUCAGACUCCGCCCACCACAUCCCAACAGACCAAUCAGAGCCGGGCAGCCCCGCCUUUCUACACUCCAGAGGCCAGCCUCCGCCGAGCCAACGGGAUUCAGACUCAGCUCAGUUACGACUCACCUGUCUACGGGGCUCCGCCCACCGCGGCAGCAGGUACAGCUUCAGGUUCAGCUGCGAUGGCAGCGGUGUCGUCCUCGCUGUCCCAGAACAUCGCAGACGUGGUUGGACAAGACGGAGCGGCUCCGCUUACCUCCCUGCAGAUCCACUUCAUCCAGAACAUGAUACACGAGACGCUGGAGGAGUUCAGGACCGCCUGUCACCAGGACAUCCUCAACCUGCAGGUGGAAAUGAUCCGGCAGUUUUACAUCCAGCUGACAGAGAUCCACGGCCUGAUCGAGAAAUACUCCGUCAACGAGUCUCUGGUGGAGGAGAUCGAGAAGCUGCGAGAGGAAAACCGCCGGCUCAGAGCCAACUACUGACCUGCUGCCACGCGUGUCGGCUGCGCCCCGAGUUGAGUCUGACAGGUUCCAGUGCCUUUAUCCCAAACUGGUUGUUCUGUCGCUGCAUCGCUGCCUCAGAGCUCCUUCUGCGUCAGAUUUAGCCGAAACGUCUGCAUGAAGAGGGAAAACGGCUUAAACCAGCAGUUUAAUUCAACGUCUUCUAUUAUUGUAAUUUAAUGUUUUGUUUGUCAGUGCCCGAGAUUUUGAGCGGUUUAUCUGUGUGCGUUUGUGUUUUUAUCUGGAAACAUUUUGUGUGAAGAAUAAAGAGAGUUGUUAAAAAAAAAAAAAAAA